GAUAUAUCAGGGCGAAAAAUAUAAAGCUUUAAUUUUAGCCCGGGUUAAUUAAUGGUUCUGUUGGCAGAAAGAACGAGUGGUCUGUCUCUGCUGCUCCGGAGGCUCGACUGUCAAAGGCGAUAAAUCAGCUGGUUGUUUAAUGAGUCUCUCAGUCGAGCCCGGUGAUGAAUGUGUGGAAUAAGAAGAGAGACCACGCUGAACAAUGACGUGCUGUCCGCAGCGUGUGUGUGUGUGCGCGCGCGCGCGCUCGCGCUAUUUCUAAUGUCAUUACUAAAAGCAGACGGACGGAGAGCGCAGAAGCGAGCGGCAGAAUCCGCAGCAUAUGAACUCCACGAGAGUCUCCACUGGAACACAGUGAUAUAGAGUCGAGCACCGUUCGCACUUUUAACAACUUUGGGGAGCAAAUGAUCAUGUCGGAAUCUGUGCGGAAGAUGUUGAGGGCGAAGCUCGUGGUGCUGGGAAGAGACAACUGUGGGAAGACAGCUAUGUGUGUCAGAUUUAUCACCAGACGUUUCAUUGGAGAGUACGAACAUAAAAGAGAGGUCACCUACAGGUGUCAGAAAAUUGUGGACAAGGAGGCGAUUGAGCUGGAGAUUUUAGACACUGUUAAUAAGGAAAGUAUAGGUUCUGCGGCGUCCUCUCUGGAGAGCUCCAUUAAAUGGGGUGAUGGGUUUCUCAUUAUGUACUCUGUGACGGAUCGCAGCAGUUUUGAGGCUGUGUCGCGCCUGAAGAGACUGAUUGACCACGUUAAACAAACCCUCGGUAUUCCAACGGUCAUCAUUGCCAACAAAUGUGACAUGGAGAAUGGCCGAGUAGUGAGGACAGAAGAGGGGCAGGCUUUAGCCUCAGACCUGAGGUGCAGUUUCUUCGAGCUGUCUGUGGCAGAGGACGCUUCAGCAGUGGAGGCCGCGUUUGGGCAGCUGGUGCGUGAAGUGCGUCAGGAGUUUCAGCGCCACCUGCUGGCCAUGGACAAGCGCUCACGGAUGCUGCAGAUGAGACAUGCACUCAAAAACAAGCUCACACGAAGUAAAACCAUGCAGUGGUGACCAGAAAGACUAAACGCACUUCAGACAUUGCUACCAUAGUGCUGUAUCUUUGCGUGACAAGCUUUCAGAGAACAAGUGCCUUAUGCAUUUCCAAAUAUUGUCAUGGACAUAGUUAUGCGCGUGUUUAUGACAGACAGCAUAAAGCAGCUUGUUUUAGGCACACUGGAAGUGGCUCCCUUGAAAUACUCCUUCCAUUGUUUGGACAAACAGGUGGUCUCACCUCAAACUUUUGCGACUGACCGAACCAGAAGCUGACAUGAUGGACCAACAAGCAGAACAACGUUGAGAUUAUACAGUAAGCCAACUUCUCUGUGCGUUAAACUAUAAAGUAUUUCAACAUUUAAAAUGGAUGUUUGACCACUUGAGAUCACAUACCUCUACUUUUGCAUGGUAAAUGAUGUCAUUCCAAUGAUGUAAUUCAAUUCUUUAUUUAAACUGAAAUUUAUGUGUGAAAUUUCCUAAAUGCUUAUUUAUAGGCACCCAAUUUAUUCCAAUAGACUGAGCUUGUCUAGUAUGAUUAAGUCAUGCUUAAAAUGGCAGAUGAAGCACCAUGUGGUAGAUGAUCUGUCUUCUGACUUGGUAUUUUGAUGCUCUUUUGAUCCAAUUUCAUUCUCAUCUGCCUCUAUCAGAUUGAAAUGUCACGAGGGAACAGAACCAAUUAUACGGUGUUUUUCUAUUUUACAUAGCUGUUUUUAGACUUACUACAUCCUGACAAUGUGUAAAAUCCACUCUGUGGAGUGAAAUGUUUCCAAAAUGGGUUACAGGACAAUGUAUCAUAAUGCUGAAUUUGUAUUUUUUGACCGUUCAUGUAAUGUUUAAAUGGUUAAUAGUA